AUUGUUGAGAGGACUCCAUGCCACAAUGCGUGAGAAGCGGUUAACAUUGUGCCUGGCACAAGGAAUUCAGCAAUCUCACUGUAACGAAAAUUAAUUAUUGUGAAAAGAUACACGAAAGUAGAGAGAUUAGUAAAAUAAACCCAGGACCCUCCUACGCCUCCAAGUGCCCCUCACCCAGAAUGAGGGUUCUGCAGAUACUAUUGUUUUGCCAUUUCCUUUCCCCCCUCCAGGCUCUGACACCCCGUUUCCUGUCCCCCAAGUGCCAUGAGGGGCCUCCCAUGCUCACCACUGCCCAUAUUGCUGCUCCUUCUCCAGCCCUGGGAAACCCAGCUCCAGUUCGAAGGUCCCAGGUGCCGCACUGGACCCCUGGACUUGGUAUUUGUGAUUGACAGCUCGCGCAGCGUGCGCCCCUUCGAGUUCGAGACCAUGCGGCAGUUCCUGGUGGGCCUCCUCCGCCGCUUGGACGUGGGACCCAACGCCACGCGCGUCGGCGUGAUCCAGUAUUCGAGUCAAGUGCAGAGCGUCUUCCGGCUCGGAGCCUUCUCGCGCCGCGAGGACAUGGAGCGCGCCAUCCGCGCUUUGGUGCCCCUGGCGCAGGGCACCAUGACAGGGCUGGCCAUCCAAUACGCCAUGAAUUCCCGCCCAGCUGUCUCCUGUUGGAGGGCUCUGCCCAUCUGUCCCUUGCUGUUCUACUCUUGUGUGUCCUCAGGAAAGAACCUGUGUGCUGAGGGGGGACACGGCUGCCAGCACCAAUGUGUCAGCUCCCCCGGCACCUUCCACUGCACCUGCAACCCCGGCUACCAGCUAGCUGCAGAUCACAAGGGCUGUUUGGUCAUUGAUCACUGCAGCUUUGGGAACCACAGCUGCCAGCAUGAGUGUGUUAGCACCCUUGGUGGGCCAAGGUGCCGCUGCAGAGAAGGCCACGAGUUGCUACCUGAUGGGAGGAGCUGUCAUGCUCAGGACCUUUGUAAUGGCGUAGACCAUGGAUGUGAGUUCCAGUGUGUGAGCGACGGCCUCACCUACCGCUGCCUGUGCCCUGAUGGACGGCAGCUCCAGGCAGAUGGCAAGAGCUGCAACCGGUGCCGGGAGGGCCACGUGGAUCUGGUGCUGCUGGUCGAUGGCUCCAAGAGCGUGCGCCCUCAGAACUUCGAGCUGGUGAAGCGUUUUGUGAACCAGAUCGUGGACUUCCUGGACGUGUCCCCCGAGGGCACGCGCGUGGGGAUGGUGCAGUUCUCCAGCCGAGUGCGCACAGAGUUCCCUCUGGGCCGCUAUGGCACCGCGGCCGAGGUGAAGCAGGCGGUCCUGGCUGUGGAGUACAUGGAGCGCGGUACCAUGACUGGGCUGGCGCUGCGCCACAUGGUGGAACACAGCUUCUCCGAGGCGCAGGGCGCGCGGCCCCGCGUCCUCAAUGUACCUCGCGUGGGCCUGGUCUUCACCGAUGGCCGCUCCCAGGAUGACAUCUCAGUGUGGGCUGCGCGCGCCAAGGAGGAAGGCAUCGUCAUGUACGCCGUGGGCGUGGGCAAGGCGGUGGAGGAGGAGCUGCGCCAGAUCGCCUCCGAGCCCGCAGACCUGCACGUGUCCUACUCCCCUGACUUCAGCACCAUGACACACCUGCUGGAGAAUCUCAAAGGCAGCAUCUGCCCGGAGGAGGGCAUCAGCGCCGGGACAGAGCUUCGGAGUCCCUGUGAGUGCGAAAGCCUCGUGGAGUUCCAGGGCCGCACGCUGGGGGCGCUCGAGAGUCUCACUCAGAACCUCGCCCAGCUGACGGCGCGCCUGGAGGAUCUGGAGAACCAGCUGGCCACCCAUAUGUGAAGCCCGCGGUGGCCCGGACCGGGCAGGGGUGAGGCCCCAAGGACAAUGCCCCCUCUUGAGCCAUCGGGGCGCCAGGGCGGGACUGAGCCUGAGCCCCUUGGGCUCGGACUGUCGGGGACCGGGGGCUGGCGGGUUCCCAGCGCUGAGCUGGCCUCGCCCGGAUCACAAGCCUGACUGCGGAGGCCGGGGACGCGUGCUGGGUCCGCACGCUCUGCCGCUUGCUUCUCUGCUCUCAGUUCUUUGUUGGAUUUCUUUUUUUGUUUGCUUGUUUUCUUUUUCUUAAAAAAAAAAAUCUGGUUUCCUCGG